AUGGCUGAAUUCACUGCAGAUAUGCAAAGUUUUAGACCCUCGUGUCCUUUCUUGGAUAUUGAUAACAUGGAACUGACAAAUCAAUUCAAAGGGGUGAUGCCAUUCUCCUAUGACAGCUUCUUGGGCUCUCUAGAACCUGAAUUUGCAGGAAACUUAGAAGAAAGUUUUCUAGGCCUUGUGCAAUGUGUCAGUCACAAUGCAGUUCCAAUUUCACUCCCUAUUUCUUCAGCAGAAAGUGAAAUCCAUGAAGGUAAAAAGAGGAAAGCAAUCGAUAUGUGUGAACCAAGUUCUGCAAAUUCCACUCCUGCAGUUUGUGAAAGUGGAAGAAAGAUAAAAAAUUGUUCUGGAGGAGGUAAGAGAGUAAAAAAGAAUGUAACAGAAGACAAGAAACCGAAUGAAGUAGUUCACGUUAGAGCCAAACGAGGUCAAGCUACUGAUAGUCACAGUUUAGCAGAAAGGGUUAGAAGGGGAAAAAUCAAUGAGAAACUUAAGCGCUUGCAGAACAUUGUCCCAGGAUGUUACAAGACCAUGGGUAUGGCAAUAAUGUUGGAUGAGAUCAUAAACUAUGUCCAGUCCUUGCAGCAUCAAGUGGAGUUCCUCUCUAUGAAGCUUACUGCAGCAAGUACCUUUUAUGACUUCAAUUCAGAGACAGAUGCUUUAGAAACAAUGCAGAGAACAAAGGCAUCCGAGGCAAAAGAGUUGGCCAAGUAUGUGAGAGAAGGAUAUGAAGGAGUUUCUUGCUUUCAACCAACUUGGCCUUGGUCCCUGUGA